AUGCCGCGACAUUUGGUACUAAAGAUUAUUGGUGAGCUUUGUCAGGUAGAACCUCAAUUUAAUUAUCAGUAUGAUGCACUGAAUAUUAGGGGUCAUAGCCCAGAACAAAAGGUUACUUCGACCUUAAGGAUUCUAAGAUAUGACAGACCUCCAGAUUCUAAUGAUGAGUACCUUCGCAUUGAUGGAAUUUAUCCAAAAUGGUCAACUUUAGUUCAAUCUUACCGUCAGCCACCUUCUGGUGAAAUGGGUCGUUCAUACUCAUAUUUCAAUAAUAUACAAAUGGAUCUGAGAAAGGAUGUGGAACGUGCUUUUGGAAUUCUGAAGAGGAAGUUUGCAAUCAUUUGUGGGCCUUAUCGUGGUCUAAGUGCUCGUGAAAUUCAUAAGACUAUGUUGACUUGCAUCAUUAUGCAUAACAUGGAAAUCCAGGAAACUAGUCGUAAUAAGAAUUGGACUAACCAUCAAGAUGAAGACUUAUGGCCUGAGAUUAUACCAGCAAGAGGGUUACCUGCAAGGAACUAUGCGCAAAUGACCAGUCAUAUUGAGAACAUAAAUCUAUAUAACAGGUUAAGGGAAGAUUUCAGAGUGAAUAUGUGGGCUGAGUUUGGAUGA